UUUUCGAUGCAUGAAAGCGUUUCAGUGCACGUCCUAUUUGUAAACCUCUUCAGUAGGGCGAUUUUGCGCGCUCCCGUGGACUCGCCAUAGAAAACAAAGCUGAACGUCUUCCAUAACAGCUAGGGGUGCAGACUUGAGGAAUAUCCGAAUUUAGUCUGCAUACAGCGAGCUGAAUAUGGAUUUACUGUGGGUGUAGCAUCGUUGGAGACCGAGCCUUCUCGGUUGGGGUGACAGCAGGACAUUAGCGAAACCACUGAAAAUAACAGCUGUGUCUUUUUUUCUCGGGGUGCUUUGUCUAGUCCACAUAACGAUAGCAAACCAUCACUGUCGUUUUAACCGCAAGAUAUUCAGCUAGUUCUUACUAGCUGCUGCCGGGAUGUAUCACCAUGUUGUCACCAAAAAGUAACCGCUAAGACGUCGGAUUGUGAAAGAAACGCAAGAAAACAUCUCCCGGGUCCCGACGGGUUGUCACUGGGACCUGAAUCUGUGUUAGCCACAGUCGCGGAACCCACUGUUUUUGGCGAUAUGGCGGAGCAAGGCUACUCAUCCUGGGCGUACUCCCUAGUUGACUCCAGUCAGGUGUCCACCUUCCUCAUUUCCAUUCUGCUCAUUGUCUAUGGCAGCUUCAGGUCAUUAAACAUGGAUUGUGAGAACCAGGACAAGGAUAAGGAUGGAAACCCUUCAACAACGGGGUCUUUCAAUAACAACAAUACAAACAACAGCAUUCAGACUAUAGACUCCACACAGGCCCUGUUUCUGCCCAUAGGAGCCUCAGUGUCUCUGCUAGUCAUGUUCUUCUUCUUCGACUCUGUACAGGUGGUCUUCACCAUCUGCACUGCAGUUCUUGCAACAAUUGCAUUUGCAUUCCUUUUGUUGCCAAUGUGCCAGUAUCUGACCAGACCCUGCUCCCCACAGAACAAGAUUUCGUUUGGUUGCUGUGGGCGCUUCACUCUGGCUGAGCUCCUGUCUUUCUCACUCUCUGUUAUGCUGGUGCUCAUCUGGGUGCUGACUGGACACUGGCUUCUCAUGGACGCUUUAGCCAUGGGCUUGUGUGUCGCCAUGAUAGCGUUUGUGCGACUUCCCAGUCUGAAGGUGUCUUGCCUGCUGCUGUCAGGACUGCUCAUUUAUGAUGUUUUCUGGGUGUUUUUCUCAGCAUACAUCUUCAAUAGUAAUGUGAUGGUCAAAGUAGCCACUCAGCCUGCUGAAAAUCCCAUAGAUGUUCUGUCCAGGAAGCUCCAUUUGGGGCCGGGGAUGGGCCGUGACGUACCCCGCCUCUCCUUGCCCGGCAAACUCGUCUUUCCCAGUUCCACAGGAAGUCACUUCUCGAUGCUGGGAAUAGGAGACAUCGUGAUGCCAGGGCUGCUGUUAUGCUUUGUCCUGCGUUAUGAUAACUACAAGAAGCAAGCGACCGGGGAAGUCCCAGGGCCCGGUAACAUGUCUGGACGCAUGCAGCGCGUCUCCUAUUUCCACUGCACUCUCAUCGGAUACUUUGUAGGACUGCUGACUGCCACCGUGGCCUCCAGGAUCCAUCGUGCUGCACAGCCCGCUCUGCUCUACCUGGUGCCCUUCACCCUGCUGCCUCUGCUCACCAUGGCCUACCUGAAGGGGGAUUUGCGGCGCAUGUGGUCUGAGCCUUUCCACGCUAAGUCUAGCAGCUCUCGCUUCCUAGAGGUAUGAUACAACUUGGGACAAGCGACCAGCACGGAGAAGUUUUUUUUUUUUUUUGUUGUUGUUGUUGUUGGGUUUUUUUUCUCCCUUAAUUCGAGGGAAGGAGAGAGGGCACACUCACAGUGAGGCCAUGUUGUCAUCACUCGUUCAUGCUUUCCACCAAUCUUCUGAGAAAACCCUCUGAUGGGACACCAGUGUGUGGAUCACAACGCCCCGACACAACUCAUCUUUGGUCCCUAUAUCCUCCCUGUUUCAUCUCUGCUUCCUCUCUGCUGUUUAUUUCCUCUUCACUACAGCACAUCCUGCCCAUGCUGUUUUUGUUCUGCCCCUCCCUGUCUUUGUUUCGUUUUUUUCCUCCCCCCCCCUCCUUUUUCACACGUGUAUAGUUGGUCUCAUUUGCCACUUCCCUCACAUGGCCUCGUCUCAUUCGUCAGGCCUCUUCUCUGUCUGCAGUUUCCUCCUUUUUCUACGUCUUUAAUUUCCUCUGCAUCUCUCUUUGUCUAUGACUCAGAUGAACUCGAGGGCAAGGCCUCCCUUCCCCCCUUUUUGUGGACUUGCAGUUGUGAGACAUAGCAGGGGUUUAUAUAUAUUUUUUUAGCAUUGUCGUGGUCAUUAUUAUUAAUAUUGUUGUUAUUAUUAUUAUUAUUAUUAUUAUUGGAACAACUGAAAAAAAAAUGGAGAAGAGGUGGAGUAUUGCAGCAGCACAGGAGAAUGCCCAUGAGCAGCGACACGGUAAAGGAGAAGAGUCUUCCCCUUCCAUCCGUCUGCCCUCGUUCACCUUCGCUUUCUCCCAUCUGUUCCACCAUCGCUCCAUAAUGGCUUCUCCUCGGCGCUCCUGCUCUCCUCUGACACUCCCUGUGAGCUCCUCCUCUCUGUUCAUCUGCUGUCCUCAUUCCCCACCCUCACAGAUAACUAUGUAUUUUAUUUAGAAAAGUUUUAUUCUUGGCAUAUACAGAAAUGAUGCAUUAUAAAUUGUUAAGCUGCCUCCUCCCCCCAGCGUUGGCGGGUGGGGGGCGCUUCUAUUUGUAUAUAUGUGUACACAUGUAUUUGCAGUAUCUUGAGUUUGUAUUUGUGUUUGGGAGCAUGUUGAACAGGGUGGGAAACUGACGCCAGCCAACAGCCGAAUUUUUGGUGAAUUUUGACUGCCAGCUGCGUCGACAAGCGAGUGUCCAUCUAUUGGAGACAGUUUUCUAAAUGUUUGUCGACUUGUCCAAUAGAAUCAACAGAUGGAUUUGUGUGUGUGUGUGUGUGUGUGUGUGUGUGUGUGUGUGUGGUUUAAAAAACAAAACAAACAAAAAAACAAUUUCCUUUGUUACUGAUCAAUGGCAAAGUUAGUUUCCUGUUCUAGUGUUAAAGUGUGUGUGUGUGUGUGUGUGAGAGAGAGAGAGAGAGAGAGAGAGAGAGCGAGCAGAACGAAUGAGUGAAUGGUUGUUUUACAUGGUUUUAAUUUGAAAUCACGAACACUGACGUUUAGAAACAGCGACAAUAGUCAGGUUUGCAUUGAGCUGGAUGUUCAAUCAAAACUUGCAUGAACUUUUACACAGAACUCACCGGAGGUCAUUUUUCUUCAGACAGGUGGAAAUGUAAACAGUGUUGUUUUUGUUUGUUUCAAAUAAAUGAAUGUUGAAGUAACUUGAAGGUAUGCUACGUUACUUUUAUCCUGAAACUACAUGUUUCAGUGAUUUUGCACAUCCCAAAUUUACACCUUUUAUAUAUGGCCUUGAAAACACACUUCUUUCCAGAAUACACAAGUCUUUUUGUGUUUUGGCAAACAAAAGGAAGAAAGAAAAAACAACAACAAACCACAAAAAGAACAAAUCAAACGAGACAUCUGAUCUGAACUCUGUAAAUGUCAGUGUUUGACCUCAGUCGAUGAAAACCUGACUAUUGUGAGAGUUUGAAAUCAAAGCCUGCUGCAGAGGAGGGUCAUUGGAUAUGAAGGCUUACUGAGAUUAAAGUAGCUACAGAUUAAAGGUUUUGUGGAUGGAUGGUGUGUGUGUUUGUGUGUGUGUGUGUGUGUGUGUGUGUGUGUGUGUGUGUGUGUGUGUGUGUGUGUGUGUGUGUGUGUGUUUGGACCUGUUUGAAUCCAUUGAGCUGAGUCAUGAAUCAGUCACACCAUUCAGAAAUCAGUGAAAUAAUUGAGGUUGAAGCUAACCCACAGGAUGUUUUUACUGUCACCAUUAACUGACGUUUUUUUGUUUUUUCUUUUUCUUUUGGUCUUUCCACUGUUUUGUGGUGCUUGUCAGUUAAUAUCUAAUGUAUACUGGAAAGUGUGUGAUUGAAGAUGUCUGGAUGCAUUUUGCUGGCUUUUUGGGUUUGGGGUGUUUUUUUUGUUUUGUUUUGUUUUUUUUGUUUGUUUGUUGUUGUUUUUUUUUUUUUACUUUUUUAUGCUACCUGGCCGUGCAUGUUAAGUGUACAGUGUAUCAUUUCUCAGACUGCAUUAAACAGGGCUACUGCAGUGCUGAGCUCUGCUGGCCAACACGGAGACAUUGGACCUAUGAACUCCUGUCAGUGGGUAGGACAAAGGCUGCAGGUCAGAAGGACUCUGAUUGGUCAGCUCUGACUGAAAGUUUUGACCUGAGUACUGUCUGCUUCGGGAUUUCUGGCAGUUUGCUCAUUGCAGUCGUCAUAACUGACAUCAUGGAUCUAGAAAACCCCCCUUCACCUCUUCAUGGACAAGGCAGAAAAUAUAUAGAUUUAUAUACACAUAUACAUACGCGUGUGUGUGUGUGUAUGUAUAUGUGUAUAUAUGCAUAUAUAAAUAACUAAUGAUGAUCAUGGUGGAUUUUUUGGGGGGUUUUUUGUUUUGGGGUUUGUUUGUUUUUUUGUUUUUUUGUUGGUUUUUUUUUAUAGAAAUUUGUUUUCUUUUUAGCCCCUCUGUAUUUUUAGUUUAGUGCUUUAGGUUUUUUCUUUUUCUUUGUUUUUUUUUUUCUUUCCAUCUCUCUUCCCCUCCAGCAGAGCACACGAGCUCUGUCGGUUGAGUUGAUAUUACGGCUGAAUGGAUUCUGUAUAGAAAAAUGGUGAAUAAAAUAAAUUAAGAACUGUGUAGUGAAACAUGAAUCCUGAAGCGCUUGAUCUAAAAACACUUUGUCUCCUUUUAACCCCUCUUCCCCGCCCCCUUUGCUCCUCUCCCCCCUCAUUCAGGAUUCUGCUGUAAAUAAACAUGACUCUAACUGUAACAA